AUGGCAACCGUUCGCUCUUCCCUCAGCCAUGAAGAACGUACAGCCCAAGAACCACGAGAAGCACGUCUAGAGCCUGUGACAGUAUCUCGCAUCGAUGCCGUCAACAACACUAUUCGUUUGAUUCGGUUGAGUGCCAUGAAGCCCGAUCACUCACUAAAGUUCCUGCCAGGUCAAUGGCUAGACGUCUUCAUCCCAUCUCUGCCCAAAGCGGGUGGCUUCACCAUAACUUCCACGCCUUCAGACCAAGGCAAACCUACCUCUCAACGACCAGCCUACUUCGAGCUAGCAAUCCAAAAAUCCACCAACCCACCUGCUCAAUGGCUCUGGAAACCCGAGUCUGAGAUCUUGAAUGAACAGAUUAUUGUUCGCACAGGUGGGAGCUUCGUAUGGCCGCCGCCGGGUUUAGAUGUUACUGGCAUUGAACAAGUCGUCUUGGUGGCAGGGGGCGUGGGUAUCAAUCCUUUGAUCUCGAUCUUUGCAUAUCUAAUGAGUCUUUCCAAUCGACCAAAGAAGGUGAGAUUUGUCUACGGAAGCAAGGUUGAGGAAGGACCGAUCAAAGAAUCACGUAUCCUGUUCUUGACAAGAUUGAUGGAUUUAAUCAAGAAACAAGGAGAUGGCAGUGUUCAGCUAGACCUGUUCCUCACAGGGACAUCGCAGAAGGAGAUCGAUGCUGCGACGGGCCUGCCCCAACAUGUCAGGUUGGGAAGGAUCGAGAAGGACGAUUUGGAAGCUGCGAUUGGCGGGGACCGCAGUGUUAGGCAGGCGACGGUGGCUUAUGUCUGCGGUCCCCCUGCCAUGACAGACCAGUUUGUCGGAUAUUUGAGCACAAGAGAUGGUAUGGACAAGCGCAAAGUUUUAUGCGAGAAGUGGUGGUAG